AUGCCGAACGCUGGCGAUUCAGAGCAGCAGCCAUUAAAGGAGUCUCCUCACUCUAAUGUUCACUAUAUCUCGAUUCCUAUUAAUCGUCAAGCGGAUCGAAACGUACCAGAUGACUCAAGUAGUCCGUUUCAAGGGACUCCUGGUGGCAAUCGUGGUUCCUUCCUAGACCAGCCAAUUGGUUCAUUUAAAGGCGUUAAUUCAUUGAGCAGAUUUGCAACAUCUCUUCAAAGAGCCAACUCGUUCAUGAACAUUGAGCUUAAUGCUGGUAAAGAGCGUGCAUUUUUUAUGGACGGUUAUGACGUACUCAAUGACCCAGAUACGUUAGGUCCAUCUUUACAAGGCAGAAGACUUUCGAUCGCGUUGGCGGGUGCAGGAAAUGUUUCAUUACGUGCUUCGGCUAAUGAUUUAUAUGGAAGUGCCCCCACCGGUGGUAUUAGCACUUUUAGACGUGAUAGUACUGCUAUUUUAGAUGAUGAUGAUCAAUCUUCCCAUUUAGCAAGAAUAUGCUCAAAUCAGUCAAUGUCAUUCUGCGAUGUAAAUAAUGCUAUAGGCCCGGACACUGAUUCAAUUAUAUUAAAAAGAGUUGAAACAAAAGGUGGCAAAGUUUUAACAUUAUUAGCUGGACAGUCCACUGCACCUCAAACUAUUUUCAAUUCUCUUAAUAUCCUAAUUGGUGUAGGUUUGUUGGCUUUGCCAUUGGGAUUGAGACACGCUGGGUGGAUCCUAGGGGUAUCCAUGUUGACCCUUUUUGCUGGUGGUACUUUUUGCUCUGCCGAAUUAUUGUCAAGAUGUAUUGAUACCGAUCCCAGCAUGAUUUCUUAUGGUGAUUUAGGAUACGCAGCAUUUGGAUCUAAAGGUCGUGCUUUAAUUUCUUUCCUCUUUACCCUGGAUCUUUUAGGAUGCGGAGUUUCAUUAAUUAUAUUAUUUGGGGAUUCAUUAAACGCAUUAUUCCCUCGUUACUCUACCACAUUUUACAAGAUUAUAUGUGUUAUAUUUGUUACCCCUCAAGUUUAUAUGCCACUAAGCAUUUUGUCGAACUUCUCGCUAUUGGGAAUAACUGCAACCAAUGGUACUGUAUUGACAAUUCUAUUUGCAGGUUUGACGAAAAGUACCCGACCAGGUUCACUGCUCAAUCCUGCUGAGACUAAACUUUGGCCUGAAUCCUUUUGGAGUUUUUGUUUGUCCAUUGGGUUACUGAGUGCCUGCUGGAGUGGCCAUGCAGUUUUCCCAAAUUUGAAGAGUGACAUGAGACAUCCUGAAAAGUUUACCAGUUGUUUGAAGGUUACAUAUUCAAUCACUGCAUUAACGGAUAUUGGGAUUGCUAUUGUGGGAUUCUUAAUGUUUGGUGGUUCUGUUAAGGAUGAGGUGACAAAAUCAGUUAUGCUGACCGAAGGAUACCCCAACUUCGUGUAUGGUUUAAUUUCAGCUUUAAUGGCUAUCAUCCCACUUGCAAAAACUCCUUUGAACUCAAGACCAAUUGUUGCUAUUUUAGACGUGUUAAGUGGUGUUGCCCCAAAUAGAGACGAUGGUAAAAAAUCAACGUUUAAAGGCACUGUAAGGUUCGCUAACAGACUGCUUGUAAAUAUUGUAUUUGCAGCUGUUGCUAUCUACUUCCCGGAGUUUGAUAAACUAAUUGCAUUCUUGGGCGCAGGCCUGUGCUUUUCUAUUUGCGUCGUUUUACCAUGUUUAUUUUAUCUGAGAAUCUGCAAAGAUAGAGUGAAACCAUGGGAGAGGGUUGUAUGCUAUUUCACCAUCGUGAUUAGUGUCUGUCUCUCUAUCUUAGGGAUUGGAGCUGCAUUUGUUGCCUGA